CUAAAAACUAUUUCUAUAGAUAAUAUUAUUGACAUGAUAGAACCAAUUCCAACAGUAAAGUCUAGUUCUUAUGUUGAUAAAGUUUAUGUUCCAGAUUUAGCAAUCAUUUCAGAUAAGACCAUCGAAGAAUCAAAAUUAAAAGCUAGUUCUUUGUGUGAAGCACUAGGAGCAAGUCCACUGUCUUUUCACAUAACGCAAAAGCGAAUAGAAGACUUAACACAAGGAACUAAACAGAAAGUUAAAAAAAAAUUUGAGAAAUGUAAAGUGCAGCUCGAGAAGAUAUUUGCUGAAGCAAUUGCACCUGGUCAAUCAGAAGCACUUAUAAACCAAGUAUUAAACAGUGAAGAUGAAAAUGUUGCAACUGAAAUGGUUCCAGAAGACCUAAUUGUACAAGUUAAGAUGUUCCAAGAAAGCGAUUCUUUAGGAAAAAUUCUUUUGCUUUCAGUUGUUAAUCAUAAUAAGUACACUAAAGAGACAUUAAUGAAAGUCUUUGAUUGCAAAAAACAUCAAAUAGAAAAAGGACGCAAGUUGCAGAAAGAAAACAUUGGACUUUCCAUACCAAAGAAGGGUAAGGUAAAAAUAUGCCGAAUGCCUCAAGAAAAAAUUGAACAUUUUUUGGAAUUUUUAUUUUCUCGAGGUCUGCUUCAAGAUGUAGCAUAUGGUAUAAAUAAAAUAAAGUUUGACAACGGAGAGAAACAAAAAGUGGCUAAUGCCAUUUUGAUGAUGAAGUUUAGCCAUACAAUCACAUUUUAUAAAGAAAUUUGCCUAGAAACUAAUUAUGUCCCUAUGUCAGAUAGUUCUUUAUGGAGAAUUCUUUGUGGAAUAAAACCUUCUCAAAGGAAAUCUUUAGCUGGUCUUGAUGAUGUUACAGCAGCUGGCAUGAACGGUUUCCAAACAUUAAUUGCCAUUUCUGAGAAGUGGAAAUAUAAAAAUGUUACUAAGUUUCUUGAAAAAGGUAAAAGGUAUCUGAAGAGUAAUUAUCCUUCCAAAUGUAGUGAAAAUUCAACUUUGCAUAGUCACUCAACUUCAUUUGCCCUUUCGGAUAUAGAUCCGGACUUAAACCAAUCAAACAUAACCGCUGACGAUGAACAAUGCAUUGACUGUACUGACCUCAUUUCAGUAAUCAAUCAGGUUCGUGAGUUGGUUAUACAAAGUGAAGAUGAAGAUCUACUAUAUGAUUUAAAUGUGGCUACAGAAGAUGUUGAAGCCUAUAUGAAACAUCAAAUUCGUGAUGCGCAGCAAAAAAUGGCCAAAAUAAUGGCUUUUGAGCAACUUGAUGAGGAAACAGGAUUUUGGCUAAAGGAUUUUUGUCAAAAAAUAUUGCCCGCUAAAUUCCGUGAAGGCCAAAAAGAAUAUUUUGGGAAAAAAGGAAUGACUCUACAUGUUGAUGUCUUCUUUUUCUAUGAAAAUGGUCGAAUGAAAAAAAAAGUGUAUUUUACUGCUGUAUAUAGAUGUGAGCAAAGCCUUGUUGAUGUACUCUGUCUCGCUGAUGUUGUUUUGGCCAAAGUUAAAAAUGAUUUUCCUUAUUUAAAGAAUCUUUAUGCUAAGUCAGAUAAUGCAUCAUCUUAUCAUGGAAACUUCUACUUAGAAGCCCUUUACAAUGUUUGCAAAGCAAAACAAUUUUUCCUUAAAAGGUAUGAUUACAACGAGCCUUCGCGUGGAAAAGAUCAAUGUGAUAGAGAGUCAGCAGGAGCGAAAUGUGUCAUUAGGAGUUUUGUUGACGCAGGAAACAAUUUAUUGACUGCAGAAGAUCUUUAUGAGGCUCUUCAUAAUGGUAAAGGAAUUCAAAACGCUGAUGUUGCUGUAGUUAUAAUAAAUUCCAAAGCCUCUAUUUUAUCAGGAUCAAAUCUGAUUCCCAACAUAAGCAGUUAUCAUUCUUUUCAGUUUUUCCCUGAUCACAUGAUAAUGUGGAGAUACUUCCGAAUUGGUAAAGGUAAAAAAUGGAACUAUACAAAUGUGACAUUCCAUACUUCAGUUGAAAUUGUUAAGCCCUUUAGUUCGACUUGCAAAAUUUAUACUGCCCCAACAAUUUCCAAAAAACCACGUGUUGAUAGAAGAGUUAACACUUUAAAGUUUUGUACACAAUUUGGUUGCACUGAUUCAUUUUUUGACAAUGAAUCAUUAGAAGUACACUUGUUAUCAGAAAACCACAAUUUUCAAUCUGUGAAGAAAUCAAUGGUAGACAGAGCAAAACUAUCUUAUAUCAACAAAAUGAAAAUUUCAAACCUAAAUUCUUAUGAUUAUCUGCCGUCAUCCCAAUCUGUCAUUAAAGGGAUUGAAAACUUCACAGACAUCACUGGGUGGGCAUUACCAAAAAGAAAAGUGUUCAGAUAUUCUUCAAAGCAGAAAACAUUGUUAAUGCAGAUGUUUAUGUCUGGAGAAGAACAAGGGAAAAAAAUGAGCCCAGAGCAGGUUCACCAGCAGCUGAGGACAAAGUUAAAGCCAAGUGAAUAUGUGACAACUCAACAAAUUCGAUCAUUAUUCUCUAGAUGGAGUAAACAAAAAAGAGAAGGAAAGCUAGUUACCAUUUUUUGUGAAGAUGCUAAUCUAACUGAUGACAUGAUUGAUCUGACUGAUGAUGCGAGACAUACAAGUCAAAAUAAAGAUGAUGAUUUAAACAACGAUAUUCAGCUCAUAGCAAAGGAGUUAGCAGCUGAUUUUCAAAUUGGUGAUUGGGUUGCUAUUGAAUAUAAUAUGCAGUGGUAUCCUGCAAUAAUUCAAAGUGUCAAUCGUGACAAUGUUCAUGUUUCUUGUAUGGAAUAUUCUACUACACCUGGAAAAAACUGUUUCAAGUGGCCAACCAAGGAAAAUAUUCUCCAAUAUUUAUAUCUUGACGUUAUUUGUAGGAUUGAUGCACCAACACCAACUAAUCAAAGAGGGGACUAUUCUCUCUCAAUAGACGAUAUGUAUAACAUAGAAAUUCAGAUUGACAGAUAAACUUCUUUAAAACUUUAUUUGGUUUGCUUUCUUAAACAAGUUGUAUUUGAAAAAACGUUUAUCCGAAAUUUACAUAAUUGUUUUAAC